GGCUGGCAGCCGAAACUGCACCAAUUGCAUCGAGAUCACCAAGCAUGACAAGUAGUAGUAGUCCUUCGCUCUCCACCACACUUUGCGGCAGCUUGCACUUGGAAACGUGCAUCUUCAAUGCGAGCGGCCCUCGCACCGGUUCGUCCGAUGCCCUCGCCAAGAUCGCCGCGUCGGCGGCCGGCGCCGUCCUCGCCAAAAGCGCCACCGUCCUCGAACAGACCGGGAACGACCUGCCGCGCACGUGGCAAAGCGACACCGUCGCGAGUCUCAACUCGGAGGGUCUGCCAAACAAAGGUAUUGGGUACUACCUGUCGAACGAGGCCAUUGCUGCGGCGGGGUCCAAGCCGUACAUGGUGUCGCUGUCUGGACACAACCUCGCCGACAACCUGGCCAUGUUGAAGCAAGCGAGUGCCACCAAAGGCGUGCAUGCCAUCGAACUCAACUUGGCGUGCCCAAACGUGAUUGGCCACCCUAUCAUUGCGUACGAUUUCGACCAGCUCGCGACGGUGCUCACGGCGGUGCAAGCUCUGAUGGCGUCGUCGUCUACACCAUUGGGCGUCAAGCUGCCGCCGUUCUUUGACGGUCCCCAUUUCGAAAAAGCCGCGGCGAUCAUCAACCAAUUCACAUGUAUUCAGUUCGCCACGUCCAUCAACACGGUCGGCAAUGCCUUGGUUGUCGACUCGGUGGCGGAAAUGCCAGCGAUCCGACCGAAGAAUGGCUUUGGCGGGUUGUCCGGUCCUGCUGUCAAGUACACCGCGCUAGCCAACGUCAAGAAGAUGCGCGAACUGCUUCGCCCGGAUAUUGCCGUCAUUGGAGUGGGUGGCAUCGAAUCCGGCGACGACGUGUUCAACAUGAUCCUCUGCGGGGCCCAAGCCGUCCAAGUGGGCACGUGCCAUUGGAUCGAAGGCCCCAAGUGUUUUGAUCGUAUUGCCAAGGAACUUCAAGACAUCAUGAAGCGAAAAGGGUACACAUCGGUGGACGAAUUCCGAGGCAAGCUGCAACCAUGGAGCAAGGAAGGGGCAGCCAAGAGUCGCGAUGCACGACGCAAUGCAGCCGAGGCGAAGACAAAGACUGGGAGCAGUGCCGCCCCUUCGAACGCGCUCGUGGCAGCCGACACCACGCCACUCUAUGUUGUCAUUGCUGUCUUGCUGGCGAUCAUUGUGGGGUUGAUCAACGACAGAAUGAACAACCAAGCAUAACUCUGUGAUUGGUCAAUAUCAUGACACGUGUUUUUAUUGUAAAAAAAGAGACAACCUUACAAAUACCUAGAUAUUUUAUUGAAUUGUGCGAACGGG